AUGUCCUCGUCGUCACCCCCUGGUAACACACCUUCGCCUCCUCCCGCGCCUUCUUCCCCUCCCCUUGGACAUCCUGAAAUAACUGUCGAUGGGCAGCGUGUCCUUUCUCAACUCGAGAACACCGCAACGCUUGGACGUGCGUCGUCAAAGUUGAGUGACAUUCCGACAAUCGCUCAAGGAUUGUCCACCAUUCAGCUUGGACCUGCCAACUCGUUGAACCCCCUUGGUCAUCGCACCACAAGGGAUGUUUCCGCGGACGUUGAUCAUGGGCCAGGUGACACCAGCGAUGCCAGGUCGGUAUCGUCGGGACGUUCGUCGAAGUCUGGAUUCAGGAAACGUUUGUCACGAUUCUUCAAGGGAGACCCCAAAGACAAAGAGACUGUUCUUACUUCGGUAGCCUCAUCAGCGCCUGUUACGCUGGUUGGAACUGAGGGACGCAUCCAGUCUGCGACACCUGACCGUGACACUGUACCUGUCUCGUUGGGACUGCACUCACCACCACAUUCCGCUGAAAUGUCGUCCACGCCACUCAUUGUCCCAGCUACCCAACCACAGCCGAGCCCUGCUGCGAGUGGAACCCUCCGCGUAGACAUCUUCCCCGAAAACGUUAUCAAACCCAUCUACAAGACCGACUUGCCCAAGCCGCAUGCUCGUGUUGACAAGACCCCACAGCUUGUCUACUGCUGUAGUCUCCUCUCCAAGGCUCGAGAACCGUUUCAAUUAACCUCAGACAGCGAUGUCUCUCUAGGUCCCCCCCUCGACGACAAGGAGAAGGAAUGGGUUCAGCUCAUCGAUCCUGUUUUGCAGGACCGAUAUCGAUGGCUUGUCGAGCAGUUGGUAAGAGCGUUCGCUGAUAACCCACUCAAGGCAUCUGAUGUGGUCACCGAGAUUGUUCUUGUUGGUCCCAUCCUUGACCGCGACAUCUACCGCAGCUUGCUCUCAUGCUUCAUCUUCAAAUUUGAGCAAACAACAACGCUGGAUGUCACUCUUCUCCAAGGUCUCGUACAACUGGUCGAGUGCGCCUCAUCUGGAUACCUUGUUGACGAUGAUCUGGUCAGGAUCGCCACUGUUCUCUCCAAGGAGCUGUCGAUUACCCACAUUGGCACGAGUGACUACCCCUUGCACCUGACAUUGUCGCUCGCUCGAGUUCUUGAUGUGAUGGUGGCUGGCAAGGUCAAGGACUUAAACCGUGAACGAGACCAUCAGCCGAUGCUGCAACUCCUGGACGGCCUGAAGGACAGCGAGAAUGUCGUCCAAAGGUACGAGGCAACCUACGCCUACCAGGCUCUCCAGUAUGCACCUGAUGACGAGACUCCGCUCCAAGUGCUGUGGAGAUAUGCCAAGGUUGCAGCGGCGGGUGCAGGUGCAGUGUCGAGUGUUUUCAAGUUGGAUCCAGAGGGACUCCUCAAAGGCAUCGAGAGUCUUCAAGAGAUUGGAGCAGGGAUUGUUGGAGCAGUUAGUACAGGAAUUGAGGUCGUCGAGGCCCUUCGUGUUGGUACUGAUGGGGCUAUCCGCGCAUCAGAGAACAAGUUCGACUUUAUGAAGAAGCGUUCGUGGUAUCUGGCCCUUCAAGGAGCGGCUCUCUUUAUUCGACAGGGACGACUUUCGGACUUUAACCUAGUCGUCAGCCAGGCGCCUUGCCGCAACAACGCCAACUUUCAGUGGGGGGUCUGUCGCCAGCUUGGAGAGAUUGUAGUCGACUCGCUCUGGGAUGUUCCUGUCCGCCAGCAGGCCGUCGACUUUCUGGGUGAACUAUACAGAAGCGGCUCUGACUGGAAACCGCAUGUCGAUGUCAAGCGCUGGAUCCUCACCAUCCUCAUCCAGAUCUCGGGGAUAUCGGAUGUCUCUAUCAAGGAUCGCGCUGUUGCUUUAUUGCUAAACCUGAAGAAGGAUGACAUGACCGAAUUCCUUAGCUCUUUUUCGCUAAGCAGACGCCUCCCUCUGCCUUCAACCUCCCCGCUUCUUGCCAAGGUCCAAGAGAUCCCUAAACUCGAGUAUGACCUACACGUAUUGAGGUUGAUGAGGAUUGACGACUACAAGCAAGCGGUUUACAUCGACCCCAUGGCCAAACUCAGUCUCCAAGCCACGGACGACCAUCUGUUUCCUCUCAUGGACAAGGUCAAGGACUUUCUUGCCAGCGACACUCAGGUCAUGCUUGUUCUUGGCGACUCGGGAGCGGGAAAAUCGACAUUCAAUCGACACCUGGAACACGAGCUCUGGCAGGAGUACAAGGCAGGAGGCCGCAUCCCUCUUUUCAUCAACUUGCCAUCCCUCGAGCGACCAGAGAAGGACCUGGUUGCGGAGCAGUUGAGGACCCACAACUUUUUGGAUGAUCAGAUCCGUGAGUUGAAGCUGCACCGGCAGUUUAUGUUGAUCUGUGAUGGAUACGACGAGAGCCAGCUUACAUCCAAUUUGCAUACUACCAACCUCUUCAACCAGGAUGGACAGUGGAGCGUCAAGUUACUCGUUACCUGUCGCACUCAGUAUCUCGGACUGGAGUAUCGGAGCCGCUUCGAGCCAAAGGCGGUGGACCGAUACGCCCGUGCCGCCAACGAUCUUUUCCAACAAGCCGUCAUGACCCCGUUCAGCAAGGAGCAGAUCGAAGACUAUGUAGAGCAUUACGUUCCUCUCGAACCGCGCACCUGGGUCAAGAAGGACUACAUGGACAAACUAGAGGCUAUCCCCAAUCUGAUAGAUCUGGUCAGAAACCCGUUUCUCCUUACUCUGUCACUGGAGGCCCUUCCUACGGUGGUGCAAGGGAAAACCGACCUCUCCAGGCUUCGGGUCACUCGUGCGGAACUGUACGACACUUUUGUGAGGCACUGGAUGGCCGUCAACAAGCGCCGUCUGGAGGAUCAAAGACUGGACAGAGAUAACCAGGUGGCUUUCGAGGAGUUGUCGGAGGCCGGAUUCGAGCAGAGUGGGGUCAAGUUUCAACAGGAUCUGGCAGCUGCGAUUUUUGUACAUCAGGACGGCAGACCUGUUGUCGACUACAUCAACAAACAAGACAAAUCUUCUUGGAAAGCAGAGUUUUUCAGCAUGGACUGCGAGACGAGUCUUCUCCGUGGGGCCAGUCUUCUCAGUCGAGCCGGCACUCAAUACCGCUUUGUCCAUCGCUCUGUGUUGGAAUACUUUUUCUCUUGCACCAUCUCUGGGCCUAUCAAGGAGCAUGAUGAAUUUGAUCCGCCUGUCCAUUCCGAUACCCCCGCCACCUUACCCACCAUUAGCACCCAUCCGCUAUCCCAGAGAAAUCUUGUCGCAGAGCCCUCAAUCAUCCAGUUUCUGGCGGAGCGCGUGCAGCUGGACUCUGGAUUCAAGGAUAAGCUCCUUGACAUCGUUGAGCAGUCCAAGACCGACGACCAAGCAGUUCGAGCCGCGGCGAACGCCAUCACGAUCUUGGUCAAGGCAAGAGUACGAUUCAAUGGGGCCGACCUUCGGCGUAUUCGAGUUCCUGGAGCGGAUUUGUCUGGAGGCCAGUUCGACUUGGCACUGCUGCAGGAGGCCGACUUGACAGAUGUCAACCUCACCAAGAGCUGGAUUCGUCAGGCGGACUUCACCAAGGCGCAGAUGAAGGGAGUUCAGUUCGGGGAGAUGCCGUACCUGAAGGAUGAUGGGUGGGUAUACUCGUGCGCCUAUUCACCUAAGGGAACAUCUCUCGCUGCAGGUCUUAUGAGAGAUAUCAACAUUUACGACACCUCCACAUGGGCGACGACUCACACUUUUGAAGGGCAUCGAGGCAGUAUUAACAGCAUUGCCUAUUCGCCAACCAGUCUUCAACUUCUUUCAGGCAGCGGCGAUAGUACAGUACGAUUGUGGGACUGCAAGAGCGGGUCGUGCAUUUUUGUUCUAGAAGGGCAUACCUACGACGUGUCGACUGUGGCAUUUUCACCCUCUGGCAAGCAGGUCGCGUCGGCUGGAGCGGACAAGACUGUGAGGCUAUGGGAUGUUCAGACAGGCGCCAAUCUAUUCAUCUUGACCGGCCAUACUGAAUGGAUUUAUAGCAUUUCUUACUCUCUCGAUGGGCAUGUGGUUGUGUCUGUUGGCGACGAUGAUAUGAUCCGGUUCUUUGACACAGAGACUGGUCAGCCGGAAGAAGUCUGGGAGGCUCAAAGUGGGUUCUUUGACACAGAGACUGGUCAGCCGGAAGAAGUCUGGGAGGCUCAAAGUGGAAGGAUGACAAGGGUCGCAUACUCUCCUGGAGGUCUAGAGAUUGCUGUAGGGAAUGUCUAUGGCGAGUUACAGUUCUACAAUGCAACUGCCGGCGAGCCAACGAGGAAUUGGAAGGCCCAUGACGAAUCAGUCACAGGUGUGAGCUUUUCGCCGAACGGCCAAUGGAUCGCCACAUGCAGUGAUGACAACACGGUGAAGGUCUGGAGUUCAGCAACAGGAUCGGUCCUUUCUGUCUUUACUGGUCAUGGUGGUCGUGUCUACCAAGUAGCCUUUUCGCCAAACGGACUCCAACUUGCCUCAUGUAGUAUGGAUUGUACCAUUCGACUCUGGGAUGUGAGCUCACUGGGGACUGGAAUGGGUGUGGAGGGCGGAACUAAUCCAUUGGGGAGCGCACUUUUUUCUCCAGACGGUCGAGUUCUCUUCUGUGGUUCCGAGUCAGGAGCAGUGCGGCAGUAUGAUGCAGGAUCUGGAGAGUCUGGUCCUUUUGUUGUUUACGGAGGCAAUCCUGCCUAUUGCCUAGCGGUCUCUCCGGAUGGUCUUCGAAUUGCGUCAGUUGGAAUGGACGACGAAUUCGUCAUUGUGUGGAAUAUUGCAACAGCUCAAGCCGAUCUUGUGCUGAGCGGUCACACACAAGAGGUGACCGCCAUAGCCUUUUCAGCCGACAGCCACUGGAUCGCCACCGGCAGUCGCGACGAGACGGUGCGACUUUGGGACGCUCGCUCAGGGAUACUGGACGGCGUGCUUGAAGGCCAUAUCGAUCAUGUCAGUUUUUUGUUAUUUUCGCCGGACAGCCAUGAAAUUUUGUCGGGAGAUGGGGAUGGAGCUAUUCGAGCCUGGAGUUUGGACAGUCGUGAGUGUAGGGUUGUUAUGCGUGCUUGCGCUUAUGUAGAGCUUUUGGCAAUAUCGCCUUCACCCAAUGGCUUGAGGGUUGCUUCUACAUCCGCUAUGGGUGACGCUGUUGAGAUUUGGGAAUGGGAGAGCGGGCGUCUCCAACAAAGUCUAGAGUUCCAGUACAACGCACGAUGCAUUGCAUUCUCGUCCUGUGGGCAAUGGAUAGGCGUAGGCUAUAGCCGUUCGGUUUGGCUCUGGAAUUUCGUCGCUGACACGUCGGCAGAAGGAGGAGGAAAAGGCGGAGAAUGGAAGUGUUCGGUGCGUAUCGAGGAUAUCCUUGGAGAGGUGUACAGCAUUGCUUGGAAACCUGACACGCUGGAGUUUAGCACCGGAUGCAGGAAUGGGUCUCUUCAAGUGUGGAGACUGGUAGAGACGUCGGCGUCGUCGGAUGCAUGGUCGGCCCAGUUGGUUUGGAGCGCUGGAAGUCAUGUUCUAGCUGCCUCGGAUGCCGUUUUUGCCGAUGCUAUUGGUCUCUCCUCAUUCAAUCGGCAAUUGCUCACUCAACGUUGCAAGGGUGCUGUUAGUAAGUAG